UUUUUUUUUUUUUUUUUUUUGGCCUUUCCUUGUUAUACAUUAAUAAAUCAACCCCCUUCUCUAUAAUUAUAUAAAAAAAAAAAAUGAAUUCCAUGCGUACCCUCAUUCGUCAGGCUGCUAAGCCCAUGGCCACCAAUGCCUUUGCUAAGCGUUCCAUUUCUUCUUCUCCUGCUUGUCUUUCUGAUGCCCUCAGUGUGCAUCGUGACACAGCUGAGAACAAUGCCAGCAUUCCCUUUGAAUUCGACGGUGAAAACAAACAACGUGUUGUAGAGAUUUUAAAGAAAUAUCCUGUUCAAUACAAGAAGGGUGCCAUCAUGCCUCUUUUAGAUUUAGGUCAAAGACAAGUUGGCUUCACCUCCAUUUCCGUCAUGAAUGAGGUUGCCCGUUUAUUGGAAGUUCCUCCUAUGCGUGUGUAUGAGGUUGCCACUUUCUACACCAUGUAUAACCGUACACCUGUUGGCAAAUACUUUUUGCAAGUCUGUACCACAACUCCUUGUCAAUUGGGUGGAUGUGGUUCUACAAAGAUCUUGAACGCCGUCAAGGAAAACCUUGGUAUCAAGGUGGGUGAGACUACCAAGGAUGGUAAGUUUACUUUAGUCGAGGUCGAGUGUGCUGGUGCCUGUGUUAACGCCCCCGUCAUGGCCAUCAAUGACGACUACUAUGAGGAUUUGACACCAGAGACUACCGAAAAGCUUUUGGAAAACUUGAAGGCUGAUAAGCCAAUCACACCCGGUCCUCAAUCUGGACGUCAUACUUGUGAGUAUGCUCCUGGUGUCUACACCACCUUGAACGAAGAACCUUAUGGUCCUGGUUUCGCUGUCCGUGCUGAUUUGUAAAGAUUAAAAAAAAAUAUAAUAUAAAAUCAUGGUGUGUGUGGGAAGAGGGAUAAACAUUUACAUAUAUAGAAAAAUAAAAAAAUUCGCAAAAAACA